GACCUGUUCAACAAAAACAUUUUGAGUGGCGGCCAUCCGAACUCAUUCCCACAACAAGAAAUCUCUCGCACACGAAAACUCAUCUUAAUCUCUCACUGUUACAGUGAAGGUAUGGAAAGAACCCCCUAAGAAAAUUCAGAAUUCAAUCAAGAAAGGUUCCUUGUGGGAUGUAAUGCAUUGCAGAUUCCAGUUGAGUUGUCAAAAUUGAUGUUUUUAUGUGGGAUUUACAACAAAAGAGGAUGGGUAUAGCUGAUACAAAGAGCUCUAAGAAUUACUGGAUUAAAGUGUCAGCUUGCAUGAGAUAAGUAACAUCUAGAAUUUGUACAGCUUUUGCUUUUUACUGAUGAAGAAAACUCUUCAAACUCUGGCUCAACUAAAGAAGAAAAAAGUGAAAGCAAAUGGCAGAAUCCCGAGCUCCCUCUGUCAUUUUUGAUAUUAGUGAACCUGCUGCUUCUCUCAAUUCCAUAAGAUUUCAUUCAGAUAGACAUGGGAAUCAUAACGUUCAUGGAUCUGGUUUUUCUGGCUUUAAGAAGAGAGGUCAUAAUCUUGGAAGUCGUUCUUGGAUAAAGAUUGAUCACACUGGCAAUUCAAAAGUUUUGGAACUGGAUAAGUUUACUGUAAUGAGGCAUUGCUCUUUACCUUCUCGAGAUCUCAGGCUUUUGGACCCGAUGUUUAUCUAUCCUUACACAAUAUUAGGUCGAGAGAAGGCUAUUGUCAUUAGUCUUGAACAGAUUAGAUGUAUAAUCACGGCUGAUGAGGUUAUACUAAUGAAUUCACUUGAUGGCUCUGUGCUAAAGUACAAGUCUGAAUUGUGCAGACGCCUUCAGACAUCUAAAGAUCAACCUGAUGAUCUGCCUUUUGAAUUCAAGGCAUUGGAGCUGGCUUUGGAACUAACGUGUACGUCCCUUGAUUCUCAGGUGAAAGAACUAGAAAUGGAGAUAUAUCCAGUACUUGAUGAAUUAGCAUCAUCCAUAAGCACUCACAAUCUAGAGCGGGUGCGUAGAUUCAAGGGCCACCUCCUUGCCUUGACCCAGAGAGUACAAAAGGUUUGCGAUGAAAUUGAACAUUUGAUGGAUGAUGAUGGAGACAUGGCUGAGAUGUAUUUAACGGAGAAGAAAGAAAGGAGGGAGGCAUUGACCAGCAGCGACCUAUAUGAUCAAAUCAAUACUUCUCAAAAUGUAAGGGUUGUAUCGAAAUCUGCACCCGUUUCUCCUGUGGGAUCGUGUAGUGGAGUGCGGAAACUGCAGAGAGCUUUCAGCAGCAUUAGUUCUAGUAAACAUGGAAGCUUCCUAAGUUCAUCUAGUGGUGGAGAAAACAUCGAUCAACUUGAAAUGUUACUGGAAGCAUACUUUAUAGUCACUGACAACACACUCAACAAGUUACUAUCGCUUAAAGAGUAUAUCGAUGAUACGGAGGAUUUGAUCAACAUAAAGCUGGGAAAUGUUCAGAACCAGCUGAUUCAAUUCGAGUUGCUUCUGACGGCUGCCACUUUCGUAGCUACUGUAUUUGCUGUUGUAACUGCUGUUUAUGGAAUGAACUUCGAAGAUUCAACCUUUGAUAACCCGUCUACAUUUUACUGGGUUCUUAUCAUAACUGGAGCAUUCUGUGGAAUAUUGUACUUUGCCUUCUUGAUUUAUUUUAGGCACAAGAAAGUAUUUCCUUUGUAGAUUGUACAUGGGAAUAUAGAUUGAUCAGAAUUAAUUGAUGCUAAAUUCGUCGCAAGAUUUUUUUAUGACACCAGAACGAUGAGAUCUUGAGCUUGUUGAACCCAGUCAAGUGCCAUCAAUGGUAGUCUCUCUCCUAUUAUGUUAUCAAUGUUGCAAGAUUCGUGCUUAUGCUCAAGUUUUGAACUCACUGUUCAUUUUCUCCGUGACAA